AUGGGUUCCUCAAAAUUGAUGGUUACAUGCACUUUUGUUGUUAUGGUGGCCAUUUCCUGUGACAUUUUCUCUGCAGAAAUGGGAAUUGGCGUACAAGCUGCUAUUCCGACUUGUGGACAAGAUUGUACCGAAAGUUUCUUGCCUCAAAACUGCUAUAACCAUUGUAUUGGAUUGUCUUAUAGAAAUGGUGUUUGCAUUUUAUCCGAAGGACUUCCUCCUAAAACUUCUACAUAUCGUUGUUGUUGUUCGCAAAAGCAGUACUUUGAGCAGAGGAGGCAGCAACAGCAUCAGCUCCCUGUUGGGUCUGAGAGCUGUACUAAUGAUAGAAACAAUAUUAAUCAACACCCAAGAGAACACCAAUCUUUGGAUAUUCUUAAUUUGCUCAACUUGUCAACCACUACUCCUGAAUGCAAACCGUCUUCUUGUCCAGAGACUGAAGGAAUGGAAGAUCUGGAUGCUGAUUUCUACAUACUGAAGAACAACAUUUCCGGAGUAGGAAGUUCAUUAAACCAUAAAGCAGAACCUAUUUCCUCAAAGAGGACUACGUUUAGUAUUCCUGACAACCAGAAGAAUGAUUUCAAGAAAGCAAACACCACAGUGGAUCUGAUGGAUGGCACAGAGCAGAAGUUAUCUGUCUUUGAUUUGGUUGGUGAUGAUGAUCAUACAACAACCAACCUGGAAGUAUAUUCUCCAUCUGAGGCUCACAUGGCAUUUUCAGUUGAAGGAUUGGGUAAAAUAAACACGGAAACUCCGACUAAUUUUCCACGACCAUCUGACAGAAACUUUGCAUACCGGUGCUCCUCUCCAUGGAAGGAUUUUGYUCAACCAGAUACAUCAAACGUCAGGGAAAGGCUCAAUGACUUUGAGAAGGAAGUGGACACAAUAAUUGAAAGUAGCAAAAUGUUCCAAGAUGACAGCUGUUAUAUGUCUCCCGUCGGCAUACAUGCUAAAGAUGGGGGCAGCAAGCAAAAAAUGCGCACUUUCAGUGAUCACUUGCAGAAACCAUAUAUCAGCAACUCAAGAAGCUACUUCUGUGACGCUACAGAAUUCAAUGAAAGCAGGAUCUCUGAUGAAAACAAGUGGAACGAUAAGUCUGCCUUUCUUGGUGACGGGGAAGGCAGUUUUUACUGGAAGGACCAACAGCCGUGCCAAGAGGAAAGUUUUAACCUUAAUUUUAUGAAUUAUGGAAAGGAUUUCACUGAGAGUCGCUCUUCUGCGAAACAAUAUGGGACAAAGAAGAGGGAUUACCUGGAAACGAGCUGGAGGUCCAACAUCGAAGAUUCACCAGUUCGAAUACCACAGCGUCUAGAAAGGACCAUUGAACAUCCUAAUUUCGUUAAGGCAGCCUAUUUCAAAUCCCCGGAGAACUUUGAUUUUGACAAUGUUUUUGACCAACCGGUUUGGUCAUCCAUUGUACCUGAGGAAGAUAAAGAGAGCCUUAGUUUGCGUAGCGAAGAAUCUUGCUCGUCUAGUGCAGUUUGGGCCAAUGAAACCUCCAUUUCACAGUUUGAAACCAACACAAGACAGAGGAAGAGGGAAGUUAAUUUGUUUCGCAACCUUGAAGACAAGAACUAUCUGAAUAAUGACAUUUUCCAAGAAUCUUGGGAAGAUUGGGAUGUAGAUGAUCAACAUUUGAAGAGAAAAGUUGGUUCUGGAAAGCAGGUCAGACUAUUAAACCCAGGAAAGUUGAAAUCUACCAGUCAGAAAGACUCCUCUUUCCAUGGUGGACUUGAUGCGCCUUACAAUUGCUUUGCAGAAGGAUUUACAUCUGCAGGCUUAAGCUCAGUUAUUACAACCGAGAGAGACAAGCCAUAUUCUUUCCUGAACCACGAGCUUGGUAGCUCGCACUGGCGUCAAUCUCGUGCCCCUGAUUCUAUUCCGAAAACAUGGGUUCCCAAGUUUUCAGUAGGAGACACUGGAGAUGAUGAUGGUGAUCAACAUGACUAUGUAAACUCUUUAUCACCAAACCAUAAAUCUAACCUAGCAGGAGACAUCAGCGGUUUUGAGAGUGAUACGCUUGAGCAAAGCAAAGAAGUGAGCCAUCCAAAAAAUCAGGGAGAUGAGACCUCAUCAUCAGUUGCAAAGAGCCUCUCAGACGAAAAUGAGUAUGUACGGUGA